AUGUCAAGUAACGUAAAUAUGUCAAAUGGCUAUGACUUCCAGGCCACAGGAAAACCUACUGUGUGGGCUAGUGCACUUUUUUUUCUUCUCUUCUAUAUGUGGACUGUAAAUUGUAUUACGUGGAAUGUAACUGAACUAAGUGUCGUGGUUGUGACAUCAGCUCCAUCUAACGAAGCAGAGUUGCAGUUGUAUCGGGUGAUGCAACGAGCAAGUCUCCUUGCAUACUAUGACACCUUAUUGGAGAUGGGUGGAGAUGACGUACAGCAACUCUGCGACGCUGGUGAGGAAGAAUUCCUCGAAAUCAUGGCGCUGGUUGGAAUGGCCUCAAAACCGCUUCACGUUAGACGCCUACAAAAAGCCCUCCAAGAAUGGGUGAACAACCCUGCCCUCUUCCAAAUACCAAUCGUUCCAAAUAUUUGUCCCACCGAAAAUCCUUUUAUCCAAUGCAACCAAAGACUACUAAAUAUACCAUCUAUGCCAAAUCUACCCCGCACUGUGGCCUCACCAGAUAACAACAGGCCAAUGUAUAGUCCGUCCCCUGGUGCCCCCGAAAACAGCUGUGGUUCCACCGCUUCAGCCCCAAACGCAAGUCCUGUUCACAGCCAAACCAAUACAUUUACCAAAAUCGUCCUUCCUUCCUCUCCAGUAGCCCCUAACACGAGAUCCUUCUCUCCCCAAAGCAAUCCUCCAGCUUCCAGCUCCAGUCCAGGAUCUGGAACUUCACCCCUUUUAACACCAGUUCUUCUAGAUGUUCAUGUACAUAAAUUGGCAACCGCCGCAGACAAACUGAGCAAGCAUUUGCCACAGUUGGAACCAAAGCCGCAGAAUACUAAAAAGAAAAUGUGUAAAGAUCUGGAGCUGGUUAUGAUGAUGCCAGAGUCAGAUCCAAGGAGGAUGGAGGAGAUACGAAAGUAUGCGGCGAUAUAUGGCCGAUUCGAUUGUAAGAGGAAGCCGGAGAAACCGUUGACAUUACACGAGGUAAUGGUAAACGAAGCGGCUGCUCAAAUGUGCCGAUGUGUUCCUGCCUUGCUCACGCGCAGAGAUGAGCUGUUCCCACUAGCAAGACAGCUUGUCAGAAGGGCUGGAUUGCACUAUUCAAAGCAUGGCCUUCCGCCCACUCCAGCAGAAGAUAGAGAAAGAGAUGAAGAGGAGACUCCGAGCAAACGGCCGCGACAGGAAGGCGAAGAUGGUGUCCGAGCCAGUCCAGACGCAAGAAAUUCCAACCAUACCUGGUGGGGCAUGAAGACCGAGAGUGACGACGCUGACUCUAGGUGUUCAUAUUCCAGUACCAGUACUCCACCACCUGAAACGGAAGAAUCCCGUCCUCAAGUAGUAGCAGCUCGUGGUGAUAGCAUCAUAGCAGUUGCCAAUCCAGCUUUACAACCACUUCCACCACCACAUCCAGCGAGAAAUCAUUCCAACUGA